AUGUCCUCCUACGAUGGAUCGCGGUCCGCCCGCCAGUCAAAGCGGUACUCCAUGUCCGCCUUGUACAUGUCUAUGUCGGCUAAUGAGUCCGACCUGGUCAUUGAGGACGAACUCGCCAAAGCACAAAAGGUUUUGCGGGAUUUGAAGUCCAAGAUCUCGUCGCAAUCUAAGAAAAACUUCGUUCUCGAAAAGGAUCAAAACGAAGUCGCAAGUCAUCUCGAAGACGCCACUGAGAUGCCGGAGGGUGCUUUCCCCAAUGACGAUAGGACACAAAAAUAUGGGAACUUGAUGUUCCUGCUGCAGUCGGAACCUAGACACAUCGCCCAUCUCUGCCGGCUGGUUUCCAUGUCGGAGAUCGAUUCGCUGCUCCAGACCGUCAUGUUCACCAUCUACGGGAAUCAGUACGAGAGUCGUGAAGAGCAUCUGUUGUUGACCAUGUUUCAGUCCGUUCUCACAUACCAGUUCGACAACACUCCUGAGUACUCGUCGCUUCUGCGCGCCAACACCCCCGUUUCGCGGAUGAUGACAACAUACACGAGGAGAGGACCCGGCCAAAGCUUCUUGAAGUCGGUGCUAGCCAACAGGAUCAACAGCCUGAUCGAGCUCAAGGACCUGGACUUGGAGAUCAACCCCCUCAAGGUUUACGAGCGUAUGAUCGAGCAGAUCGAGCAGGAUACCGGGAGUCUGCCCGCGUCGUUGCCCAAGGGCAUUACGCAAGAGCAGGCGGCCGAGAACCCCCAGGUCCAAGCCAUCAUUGAGCCGCGGCUGACGAUGCUCACGGAAAUCGCCAACGGGUUCCUGGCGACCAUCAUCGAAGGCCUGGAGGAGGCGCCCUACGGUAUCCGGUGGAUCUGCAAGCAGAUUCGCAGCCUAACCAAGAGGAAAUACCCUGAUGCGAACGAUCAAAUCAUUUGCACGCUGAUCGGCGGCUUCUUUUUCCUCCGCUUCAUCAACCCGGCCAUCGUCACGCCAAAGUCGUACAUGCUCAUCGACGGGACUCCGGCUGACCGUCCGAGGAGGACACUGACGCUCAUCGCCAAGAUGUUGCAGAACUUGGCCAACAAGCCGUCGUACGCCAAGGAGCCGUACAUGGCCAAGCUGCAGCCCUUCAUCCACCAGAACAAGGACCGGGUUAACAAGUUCAUGCUCGAUUUGUGCGAGGUGCAGGACUUCUACGAGAGCCUCGAGAUGGACAACUACGUCGCUCUCUCCAAGAAGGACCUUGAGCUGUCCAUCACCCUCAACGAAAUCUAUGCCAUGCACUCCUUGAUUGAGAAGCACACUGGGGAGCUCUGUAAGGACGAGAACUCACACCUUGCUAUUAUCAUGGCGGAGUUGGCCGGUGCACCGCCCCAGGUGCCGCGGAAGGAGAACAAGGUGGUCAAUCUGCCGUUGUACAGCAAGUGGGAGACGGCUAUCGACGACCUUACGGCUGCGCUAGACAUCACCCAGGAGGAGGUAUACUUCAUGGAGGCCAAGUCCAUCUUCGUGCAGAUCUUGCGGACAAUUCCGUCGACGUCGUCGGUGGCGAAGCGACCGCUGCGUCUCGAGCGCAUUGCCGACGCAGCGGCGACAUCCAAGAACGAUGCCGUCAUGGUGCGCAAAGGUAUCCGGGCGAUGGAGUUGCUCAGCCAGCUGCAGGAGCUUCGGGUCGUCGAUAAGAGCGACGGCUUCAGCCUCCUGCGGGAUGAAGUCGAACAAGAGCUGCAGCACCUCGGCUCGCUCAAGGAGGGCGUGUUAACCGAGACACAGAAGCUCGACGAGGUGUACAAGACCAUCCGUGACCACAACUCAUACCUGGUCGGCCAACUCGAGACGUACAAGAACUACCUGCACAACGUGCGCGGCCAGAGCGAAGGCGUGCGCCGCAAGCAGCAGAAGCAGCAGGUACUGGGCCCGUACAAGUUCACGCACCAGCAGCUUGAGAAGGAGGGCGUGAUCCAGAAGAGCAACGUUCCCGACAACCGGCGGGCCAACAUCUACUUCAACUUCACGAGCCCGUUGCCGGGGACGUUUGUCAUCUCACUACACUACAAGGGACGCAACCGUGGCCUGCUCGAGCUCGACCUCAAACUGGACGAUCUCCUCGAGAUGCAAAAGGACAACCAGGACGACCUCGACCUCGAGUACGUGCAGUUCAACGUGCCCAAGGUCCUCGCGCUGCUCAACAAGCGGUUUGCCCGGAAGAAGGGGUGGUAG